AUGGCGGCCAACCUCAGCCGCGGGGCGGGCCCGGGCCCGCUGUCGGCAGAGAAUGGGGUGUCGCUCCCGCUCCGCUCAGUUCGGCGUUGCGGCCGCCACCCGCCCUCACCGCCGACUGCCCGGCGGCGCCCCAGGACCCUCCCCGCGCCGCGGCGGGGAGGGCGGGGCAGGGCGGGGUGCCCGCGCCGCUGCCUGAGUGGAAAGCGGGAGGGGGCGGGCAGGGGCCGGCCCGGCUGGGCGUCGCCCGCGCCGCGGGGACGGGAGGGACAGAUGGUGGCGGCUGCUGGGCGGGGCGGGGCCCGCUUUGUUAGCGGCGGGGAGAAGCGCCGCGUGCCCACCGAGACCGGCAGUGCCGGCGGGGACCGCGGCGGACCCCCUCCGCGCUCCGAGGCUGAGGGAACCGCGGGACGGGGGACGCCGGGCCAGGCCAGAGCUGCUAGCCCCGGCAAGCGCCGCCGGGCUCACGGCGAUACUGCGCGGCGGCUCCGGGCCUGCUCCGAGGGGGGCAGCACAACCCACCGCCACCCGCCUGGCCGCCGCUGUCCGGGCGCCCGGCGCCUCCCCCGCGGCCGCGGCCGGACCCCGCCGCGCCGGGCGGGGAACGGGGUUCCUGACGGAGAGGGGCGCUGUGAGAGCGGCUGAUCGGUCACUCGGUGUUCCCGGACAAAGGGCUGCCCCCGCGGGGCCGCCGGGCCCCCACCCGCUCCCGCCCCCGGGGCGGGCGCGGGAGGUGUCACCCCCCGCGUGGCCCGCGCUCCUGCGGCGGAGGCUGCGGGCUCGCCGGCCGCACCCUUGGUUACCGCGUGAGGCGCUGCCCCGCCGCAGGCGCCAGCCGUGGGUCCCUUUAGUGUGUUUUUGCAGCUUCUUGAGACAGUUGAAAAAAGAAUGCGUCCUUUACAGAAAUCGAAUACGGAGAAAUGUCCUGAAGGCUGUCCAGCAAGGAGUGCCGCCUGGCUGUACAGCAGUGACUCUGCCAAGGAAGAGCAAGGAACGUGGAACUCCGUGGUUCCUUCUGCACCACUCAAGUCCCAGCAUCACAUCCCAGGAAGCUUGAUGAGCUAGUAAAACACCGAAUCCUUCCAUUUACUUCUAAAGCUAUCGCUUGUUGCUUACUUGCCUUUGGAGGCACUGUUUAAUAGAAAAUUUAAUUAUAAAAAUGAAACUGUUUCCCAAUACAUAUGAUUCAAUAGAGAUGAUAAAGGGAGUGCAGAGAAACAAGAUGACUUAAAUUUGUCUCAACAAAGCUGCAUGCAUAACUUUGCUGAACAUACACUUGGAUAAAAGUCCAUUUUAAACUUUAAUUUACAAAACACUAAGUAAACACACAUAUGCUUUUAAAUUUAAUCUUGAUUUUGCAACAGUGUUACUGUGGUUUACUUAUCUUUUGUGCGAUAGCUUUGUUUUCAGUGGAGGUCCUGAGAUCAAAUCGGUGAGACUGCAUCUCCAGAGGGCAAGAGUUUCAGGAUGAAAGAAAGGUAAAGCUUCUCCCCAGUUAUAGACCCAAAACAAAGAAUAAAUUCUGAAUUUAAAAUUAUUGUUUCCUUCUCAGCAUGUCAGGCCUUUCACAAGGAUGUAGCAAAUUCCUUAGUCUGGAAAGAGAUUUCAGGAACCAAGUAUCCGUCCUCAGGAAGAGGUAUGGAAGAGUAAGUGGCAUUACUUGAUGCACCUGCUUUGGAGGGCAAUGAUACUACUCUUAAAUAUGUGGUGAGGAUGCGUACUAGCAUCCUAUCAGUGAAGGGCAGAUGGAAGACCCUGUUCUCUGGUUGUUGAUAAAUUUUUAAUGAGGCGUAGAAAGGUAUCUUUGAGGUGGUCUUGGCUUGCUUUCAACUCCCUAGUCAUUAUUGCAAAGAAGGUAACUCCCAUGAAUAGCAAAGCAUUUGGGUGUGGGUUUUAGAGAGCUUGAAAAUCAGGAUUAGUAGAGGAGUUGUUCUGCAUUGCUUAGUGACAAGACAGCGCACUGCAGCCUGUUCUUGGAACUCUUCAGAAAAGAAAAUAGCAAUUGUGCGACUAUUUUACAGAUGUUGCAGGUGGCUGCUGACAACGUCAGCAGGGCUGGAUACAUUCUUAGAAUUAUUCCCCAGUGCUAACCUUGCACAAGGUCUGCCAGCGCAGUUCAGCAGUUCGUGCAAAGCAUCUUUGUGUUGUCAUAAAAAUGGGCCAAUCCCCUGAUUUUUAGUCAUUAUAACAGAGCCAUUCAACUCUUCACAUUUUAUGUUUACAUGAUCUUGUAAGAAGUUGCAAAAAGAAUUCUGUUUAACACUGUACUUCUGGAAAUAGUUUUCACUCAUUUCAGGAAAGGAUUUCCAGAACUUUGGAGUGACUAUUCAGCAAAAUUCUUGCAUAGUCUGUAGGAGAAUUGUUUAUGUCAGCAUCGUAGCUCCAGUUUCAGGUAGUUUAAACAAGAAAAAUACCGAGCCAAAGUAUAAUCUGGCUUCAGGUAAUUUAAAUAAUUGCAGGCUUGUGGGGCCUUGCCAGGUCUCGUAAUGCAGACAUUUAGAUCAGCGGUGAUGUAGAAGGGAUAAGACAGAGCUGCGUUGAUGCAAAGAUUCAUACUAGCUUUUAGUCUUUCUGCAAAGCUCCAUUAACAGAUUAAGUGACACAAAAAUGCUUAUAGAUGUUAAACAAAUUUGUCAAUGGAUAAUUAAUUAGUUCUAAGUAUUUUGUUCAUCUAGAUGUUCAUAAUGUUGAAUAAUAGUUUGAAUAAAGUUUUAAAUAACAUUUUUCAGUGGAAUGCUUAACUCUUUUCUACUGUUUUCUGUCCUUUCUUGAAAUCCUAGUUAUUAGCUUUUCUGAUCAGAGGCAGUUGUGUCUAGCGUCCAUCAGCGUUAUCCUUGAAUUCAGAAAUUUUAUUAAAAACCCUUGUGUUGAGGCCUCCACCUCCCAAAGCGUUUGUACUGAGCUCUUAAACGUAUAUGUUGUAUAUUGCUUCCCUACCUCUUAGGAAGACCAGUAGUUCUGAGUGGUAAACAGGUGAGGUAGCUGCUUUUCUUUCUUGCUAGAAGGAAAAAAGCUAGAGUAACUUCACUACCAUAUUUCACUCUUUGCUGUGGUUGUCUAAAUAAAGCGUAUUUCUUUUUACAUCUGUGUGUAAGCAAGUAAGUCAGAAAGUAUAUGUGCCUUUAUCUGUGCAUGUCGACGUAUGCAUACACAAACACGCUUCACAUCUUUUUUCUUAAGUGGAAUAGUUUGCUUUUAAAAACAAAUUGCUUAUAAAUGAACAAAGAUGCUGUGCUUGUUAAAAAUACCGGAGGGUUUUUUCUGCUGUUCUAGACCUGGAAUAAGAUAACUUGUGUGGGUUUUUUGUUGUUGGUUUUAAUUUUUUUAAUUAAUUAGAAAAGGUAAGAGCAGAUGUAAAGGUCUGUGGCUGUCAAGAUAGAUCUUUAUAGCCACAAUUCUUCAAACUGCUUAUUCAGCUCAUUAGAUUAGUAAGAAGGCAGCAAAGAAAUGCUAAUUUGCCAUUUGAAAAGGUACAAGUAGUUGAAGGUUUAGCCCUGACAAAGCUCUGUCUUUAUUAAGUUGUUGGAAAAAAAGACAUCUGACAUCUGCACCUGAUCAGUACAGCUGGAUUUGAGAAACGAAGCUUUUUUUUACAUCACCUUUUGGUGGUGAUUGAUCCAAAAAGCUUAGGUUCCAAGUGUGGCUGAGAUGAUUAUUCUGCAGUCAGUGAUACCAGCUCUCUGCAGUGGAUCCCACAGCAGUACAAAUUUUGAUUCACAAGAUUGCGUAGAGAUUCAGACACACAGUACAGUCAUAUUCUGUCAAAUUAACCAGGGCGUGAUCUGAAGUUUCUCAAGUAUAGCGUUGCUUGCCAACGGACAGAGAAAAUGAAGUCUGUGCUAAAGCCCAUUUGUGCAAAGGCUGGUUUUUGACAAAAAUUUUGAGCUGGGCUCAGCACCGAAAAAAACAACUUAACUGGAUGUUUGUGUUCCAACAUAAUUCCUUGCUUGUGUCAGCCUGUUUGUGGUGCCGUACAGAGAACCGAUUGAGCUGGCUGACAAAUAACCAGUUUUAAGGGGAGGAGGAAAGGCUAUGCAUUUUCAGCCACAUUAGUUUCCAGUUCAGUACUAAAAGCCCUACUAUCAGAUUUCCUGUAUUCUAGAAGCUGCCCUUUGAAUAUCUUUGAAAUUUAGAGAUUCUUUAGCUGCGUAAGUCAGCCCAACAAUUCAGUCUACCUGUUGACAGUCCAGUGAUGUCACGUCCCCUUUCAGCAAGUCCUUGCUUUUGCUCUGCAACCCAGCAGGACAACACAAAACCCCCCAAAAGGCAUGAUUUGGACUAGAAAAAAUUGCUAAUUUACACAUCUGGGAGAGAGACCUUAUUUUUUGGAUACUAUCUCUGUUCAAGAUUGCACCACUAACAAGUACAUGUUCUUUCACUAAAAGUCGUAGUCUGUAUUAGCUGUCUUGAUGAAGACCAAUUCAUCUUGAAAACCUUCCCAUCUGAAGCAAUCCUAUUACACUGGGCAGCAAGUUUCUGUGGUGGUGGAGCAAUGGAAGCUAACCAGAGUACAGGAGCUGUUUAUCAGUUGACUUGCAAUUGCGAAACUCACUUCUGAAGAGAACAGGGUAACACCACGUUGUUCUCAGGAAUGAAAUAAAAAGCCUAACUCUUCAAUAGCUUUCUGACGUUAUCAGAGAGAGGCUAAAUUAUAUGUGAAAGAAAGACGAACAACGGGGAGCAAAAGGAGAAAUAAAAAUGGUGCGUAUUUCCUACAGUUUCUAUGUUGCUGAAAUAGGAGAAGAAAGAAGAUUUAGACAUUAAUGUGAACUUUUUACAGUUUCAGUUUACAUUUAGAUGUAAGCAAGAAAACAAAAAAUGUUGUUUUGGUGCCAUGCUUUUAUUUAAAUGAAAGGAAAAAACUACACUUUACCACAUAAGUAGCAAUGACAAUAUUUUACAGCACAGCAUUUGAAAAAAUAUGGAAGCUAUGCUCCAUAGAAGUGGACAAGUAAGCACACAAUACACUGUACAUUUUUCAACAGUGCCCAUUAAAUCAUAAUUAAAUAGCUGAAUUUGGCUUUAAACAGCCAAAUAAUAAAAACUAACAGUCAUACUAACAUUAAAAAAAAAAAAAAAGGAAAUAUUUCAGUAGCUACUAUGACUGUUAGAGUAUGAAAUUUUGCUUCAAAAACUAAGACGAGAGUUUGGCAAUUCGGUUGUAGCAACAAUAAUAAUACCCCUGAUGAAAGCACCAGUGUGUUCUGAAAAGGUCAGUGAUAAAUACUGGCCUUUAUGGAAAGCUUCCUCUUUUUUUCUUUUUCUUUUUUUUUUUAAACAUGAUCCCAACUAAAGAUCCACUGUAAUUAGAAAAUUUGCAGGCUUAAAAAGGAAAAGCGUAUCUAGCUUUACUUUUCCUGUAUUAAGUAAAACUUUAUACUGCGAGCAAUGAAAUUUUCAACUGCAUUAUUCACAUUCUGCUUUUAGACAUUGCACAAAUCUGUAACCUGUUGACAAAUGCAAAUUUCAUAAUACAUUCAGCUAUAUUUAAAAUUACUCAAAGAAUUCAUGUCACAUACUUAAGCUCACUUUGAUUAGAUCGAUGCGUGUGUCUUUCUGGAGUUGCAAAUCUUCGGUUCAAUCAUAGUACAGAUUUUAGAAACAAAAAGCCUCCCAUGAUAAAACUUCUUUUGAAGUUAUUGACCAUAUGUGUAUCAGUUAAUUCCAACCUCCUGGUUUCUUGAAUCACUGUAUAUUAUACACAGUUUCAUAGUGUUAUUCAAGAUGUUCCUACAAUGGCAUUCGUAGGAACUGUCUAACAGGCAGAAUGUGCAAACCCUCUUUUCCCCCUUUUUAAUAUUAUUUAUAUCCUAUAUACACAAUAUGUAUACACUUGAAAUAAGAGUUACAUAUCCUGGUGAUAUACAUGCAAACAGUAGGAAUCAGCUAACCACAAAUAGUUUUGAGCCACAUACAUAUUAAACAUGUAUUUUAAAGUGUUUUUUCUUUUUUUACAGUUUUAACAAAUAUACAUAAAUAUAAGAACAUAAAUUACAGUAAAACUGACAGCAUUUUUGAGAAAAUGUUUAUAACCCAGACGUGUUGAUGCCUAAGGCCUUAUAAUAAUUUAAAAAAAGUACUGUUCUAACCUGCUUAAUGACAUCUCAUUCCUCUGCAUCUUUUAGAUAAGUAAAUGAGCACAUCGGAGUAGUGAGGCGUGGCUUCUCUCAAACUUCAAUGAGAGAAACAUGAACGUAGUUUUAGUCUCCCCAUGAAACAGAAUGGACUACGUACUUACAGCACAAUACUGUCUUAUGUUAAUGUAGUUGUCACAACACUGAAACAGAACAGAAUCACAAAUCAUUCAAGUCUUUUCCUGAGAAUGAGAUUUUUUCCCCCGACAAAUCCUCUGGUGUACAUUAUCAAAAUAGCCACAGAUUGAGGGGAGGCUUCAAGUUUGUAGUUUCUUUUUUUUUUUUUUUUUUUCAGAACAGUGCUAUGUUAAAAGCAAAUGAUAAGAUAAA